UUGCGAUUUCCACCAUUCACUAUCAGUCGUAGUCGGUCCGUGGUCGGCGAACUGCGUCUCUCCCUGCCGUGCUCGUGCUGACACGCGGUUGCGCCGCAAACCCAUCGUGCUCCGUUUUCCCGGCAUGGCUGUUUAGUCACUGGAGCCGCCCAAGCCUUGCGAUCAUGGGGAAAACUAAAGGUACGAAGCGCUGGAAGAAGAGGCAAGAACUCGAAGAAAACACGGCCGAGGACCUGUGCGAUGACGACGAUGGAAACGGAGAUGGAGUACCUGCAGCUGCGAGCCAGAAACUCAGCACCGCUUCGGUGGAAGACGAAUUCGGGGCCAAGGACUACCGUUCCCAAAUGGAACUUAGGCCCGAUCACGCAUCCCGACCUCUUUGGGUGGCUGCUGAUGGCCAUGUCUUAGAGGCCUUUUCACCAGUGUAUAAGCAUGCGCACGAUUUUUUGAUAGCUAUAUCCGAGCCUGUCUGCCGGCCACAGCACAUUCAUGAAUACAAGCUGACAUCCUAUUCUUUGUAUGCUGCCGUCUCUGUUGGACUUCAGACACAAGACAUCAUAGAAUACUUAAGGAGACUUAGCAAGACUAGCAUUCCAGAUGGUAUCGUGGAGUUUAUAAAGCUUUGCACUGUCAGCUAUGGUAAAGUGAAACUUGUCUUGAAGCACAAUCGAUACUUUGUGGAAAGUCCUUUCCCGGAUGUACUCCAGAAGCUUCUCAAAGAUUCCGUCAUACAGUCAUGUCGCCUGAGGCGAGAUGCAGAAAAUGACACAGAUCUGAGUGUUGUCACGAGGGAUAUUCUUAAUGCCACACUUCCACUCAAAACUAGCACCACUGAGGACAAGGGUGAUGACAAAAGUCAAGCUGCCAACGUUCCUGAAGACAUUACUGCCUUUUACGAGAAAAUGGAAAAAGAUGAAGAUGACAUAGAGGACUCUGAAACUGUGUCAUUUGAAGUCAGCCAAGACCACAUUGAAAAGUUACAGAAGAGGUGCAUAGAACUUGAGUACCCUUUGUUGGCCGAGUAUGACUUCAAGAACGACACUGUCAAUCCAGACAUCCACGUUGACCUGAAGCCAUCUGCCAUACUCCGACCAUAUCAGGAAAAGAGCUUGAGAAAGAUGUUUGGAAAUGGACGUGGAAGAUCAGGGGUCAUCGUCCUUCCAUGCGGUGCUGGAAAAUCGCUGGUGGGAGUCACUGCCUGCUGCACUGUGCGCAAGCGAUGUCUCGUGCUGUGCAACUCUGGUGUCUCUGUGGAACAGUGGAAAGCACAGUUCAAGAUGUGGUCGACAGCAGACGACAGCGUCAUAUGCAGAUUUACGUCAGAGGCCAAGGACAAACCUAUGGGCUGCGGUAUCUGCAUCACAACGUAUUCCAUGAUCACGCACACACAGAGACGUUCCUGGGAGGCCGAGCAGGUCAUGGCUUGGCUGAAAGAGCAGGAAUGGGGUCUCAUGCUGCUCGAUGAGGUACAUACCAUUCCAGCCAAGAUGUUCAGGCGGGUGUUGACAAUAGUACAGGCACACUGCAAGCUAGGUCUAACGGCCACUUUGGUUCGAGAAGAUGACAAGAUCCAGGACCUGAACUUUCUAAUAGGGCCAAAGCUGUACGAGGCGAAUUGGCUGGAGCUUCAGAACAAUGGUUACAUUGCCAAGGUGCAGUGUGCCGAGGUAUGGUGCCCAAUGACACCAGAGUUCUAUAGGGAGUAUCUGCAAGCUAGAGCAUGCAAGAAGUUGUUGUUGUUCGUCAUGAACCCAAACAAGUUCAGGGCCUGCCAGUUUCUCAUAAAAUACCACGAGAGGCGAAGUGACAAGAUCAUAGUGUUCUCCGACAACGUCUUUUCCCUGAAGCACUAUGCCAUCAAGAUGAACAGGCCUUACAUCUACGGUCCCACAUCCCAGCAAGAGCGAAUGCAGAUCCUGCAGAACUUCAAGUACAAUCCGAAAGUGAACACCAUCUUUGUGUCCAAGGUGGCCGACACCUCCUUUGAUUUGCCCGAGGCAAAUGUCCUCAUUCAAGUUUCUGCUCACGGGGGCUCCAGGAGGCAGGAGGCUCAGCGUUUGGGUCGUAUCCUCAGGGCCAAAAAAGGUGCUGUGGCUGAGGAGUACAAUGCCUUCUUCUAUUCCCUGGUGUCUGAAGACACUAUGGAGAUGCAUUAUUCGCGAAAGAGACAACGUUUCUUGGUGAAUCAAGGCUACAGCUACAAGGUCAUUACCAAGAUGGAAGGCAUGGAUGAGGAGGAGCUUGCAUACCGCACGAAGGAAGAGCAGACGAGCCUGCUGCAGCAGGUGCUGGCUGCCAAUGAUGCUGAUGCAGAGGAGGAACGAGUUGCUGGCGAAACUGGACCAACUGGCCACCGUAUCCAGAUAUCGAGGAGGGCUGGAAACAUGAGCUCAAUGUCUGGUGCAGACAGUGCAGUGUACCUCGAGUACAAAACCGAUAAGAAAAAGGACAUGGGCCUGAGGCAUCCGCUGUUCAAGCGUUUCAGGAAAACUUAGUCUCGCAUAGGUACGCGGCAAGACGUGCUGCUUGUCAGCACCUAUUAAACACAUGCAGGCGCAGGUUCCAGGUGCCAAUGCAGGUUAUCUUGCUGAAAAGUCAUGCACAUUGCAUUGUUUAUUUAGUUUUUGCUGGCAUCUCCCUCGAUGCAUUUUGUCCCUGUGAACGAAUAUCCUCCAUUUAUGUAUAUUAUGUCGGUAGCACGGAGGUUUCCUCGGUGCACAAAGGUCAUAUUAAAGCACUUCAUACUUUUCACAUCUUUAAGAGCCGGAUAUAUAUUAUAUACUUUUGAUAAACGUAAUAGAUUACAAGUAGUCGUUCUUUAUUUGAUAAUUAUCCAAGUUAAUCAAAACUGUUUUGAUGUAAAAUGCAAAUGAGGCACAUAGUAAGUAAUUGCUGUUCAAUAGUGUUAGGUGCACAAAAAAAAGUAUUUUAGACACGCAUUACCAAUGAGUGCAUAGUGAUUUUGCAGUGUGUAAAACAUAUCAAGUGGAAUGCGCAAGAUGUCAUCACACAUUCGUAUACUGUUAUAUGGCAUUGUUUAAUAAAGUAGCAAAGUGUCUUUUUUUUUAUGCAGUGUAAAGAUUGUACAAGAGAUAAGACAAUGAUAUAUUCAAGGAGAUUAAAUCUUCAAAAGAGUGGUGCCUAUGAGUUAUGGGCAUUAUCUAAAUAAACACGGCAAUAAUUGACGCACGAA